AUGGUGCUCGCGCAGCUCGGCGGGAGCCUCUCCCGCGCGCUCGCACGGAUGAUGAACGCCACGGUCGUCGACGAGAGGGUCCUCGGCGACUGCCUCAACGAGAUCACCCGCGCGCUCCUGCAGGCCGACGUCCAGUUCGACAUUUUCCGCGACAUGCAGGCGAGCGUCAAGCGCACCGUCUACCUCGGGGCGCUCGCCGCCGGCACCGACAAGCGCCGCGCCAUCAGGAGGAUAAUGUCCACAGAGCUAUGCAACAUGUUGGAUGCCGGGAAGCCCGCCUUCGCUCCUAAGAAAGGGAAGCCAUGCGUGGUCAUGUUUGUUGGUUUGCAAGGUUCUGGGAAAACUACCACUUGUAUGAAAUAUGCCCAUUAUCAUCAAAAGAUAGGAUUUAAAUCGGCACUGGUUUGUGCUGACACAUUCAGGGCUGGUGCUUUUGAUCAGCUAAAACAGAAUGCGACAAAGAUCAUGGUUCCUUUCUAUGGAAUCUACAUGGAAUCAGACCCAGUAAAAAUUGCUAUUGAGGGCAUGGAGAGGUUUAGAAAAGAAAAUUGUGAUCUCAUAAUUGUAUAUACAAGUGGAAGGCACAAACAGGAAGCGACUCUGUUUGAAGAAAUGCGCCAAGUUUCAGAAGCAACGAAACCAGACCUGGUAAUAUUUGUGAUGGAUGGUAACAUUGGUCAGGCUGCAUUUGCUCAGGCCCAAGCAUUCAGGCAAAGUGUUCCGGUUGGUGUUGUAAUUGUUACAAAAAUGGACGGCCAUGCGAAAGGAGGUGGCGCACUUACCGCGUUAGUAUUCACUUCCCUUAUCUUACACUACCCUCUUGGUGCCAUUUUAACUGGAGCUCGUUGAUGCUCACAGUGGCUUUGAGAGGAAAGCAAUCAAGAGCAGGAAGAAAGUUGCACGAAGAAGAGGGGAUUCAAGAGGUUCUACAGAUAGGCAGACUAAUGAACCUAAGGAAAAUUCAAAUGCUUCUUUGCUGAAAUUACA